UGUAAACUUACAAAUGAAUCUUUACCCAUUGUAGAGAAGACCUUUAUAAAUUCCUGUUGGAUUCACUACUUCACCUUCUAAGUUAGGUUAUGGAGUGCUUCAAGGAAGCCAGCAGCCGCAGCUGGAUCUAUCCCACAGUAAUCCUCUGUGCAAAUGGAUUCUUCUCCACAAUGAGGCCAUCGGAAGCCUUUCUCACUCCUUACCUAGCUGGACCAGACAAAAACCUAACAAUUGAGGAGGUGACAAACCAGAUUUUCCCAGUCUGGACAUACUCCUACCUUGCACUCCUUAUCCCAGUCUUCCUCAUUACAGACUACGCGCGCUACAAGCCCAUCAUCAUCCUGCAGGGCCUCGGCUUCAUCGUCACGUGGCUCUUGCUCCUCUUUGCACGCGGCGUGCUGGCCAUGCAGCUCAUGGAGUUCUUCUACGGCAUGGUGACGGCCACCGAGGUCGCCUAUUACGCCUACAUCUACAGCGUCGUCAGCACCGAGCACUACCAGAGGGUGACCGGCUACUGCCGCAGCAUCACCCUCGGGGCAGCGCCCCCCGCCGUGGACCAGACAGAGCGAUGGAGAUGGACGGGGCCAAGGCCCGAGCAGCUGGCUGGCCAGCCCCAGCCCCGGCCCCAGCCCCAGGCCCUGCGGGUGCUGGUGCAGCUGAGCAAGGACCUAAGGGAGUGCUACAGCUCUAGGAAACUCCUGUACUGGUCGCUGUGGUGGGCUCUGGCCACUGCCGGCUUUAACCAGGUUAUCAAUUACAUCCAGGUGCUGUGGGACUUCAGAGCCCCCUCGCACAGCGCUGCAGCCUACAACGGAGCUGUUGAAGCCAUUGCAACUUUUUUAGGUUCAGCAACAUCCAUGGCAGUUGGCUAUAUCAAACUGAAUUGGGACUUGUCUGGAGAACUGGCUUUGGGGAUUUUCUCUGCAAUGGAUGCUGGUUCUCUCUUUCUCAUGCACUUCACCAACAACAUCUGGGCAUGUUAUGCUGGCUACCUUGCCUUUAAGGCAUGCUAUAUGCUCCUUAUAACAAUAGCAACGUUUCAGAUUGCUGUCAACCUAAGUAUGGAGCGCUAUGCUCUAAUGUUUGGCUUCAACAACUUUGUUGCGCUGGUGAUUCAGACAAUUUUAACCAUUACUGUAGUAGAUUCAAUAGGCCUGGGACUGGAUAUCAGCACACAGUUUCUCAUUUAUGGCAGCUACUUUACAGUCAUAGCGGGGAUUUUCCUCAUCAGAAGCAUAUAUACCAUUGCGUCCAUCAAAUGCAGAACUACCAGUGCAGCUGGUGCAAGUACUGAUCACUAA